AUGGCACACUCUUCUGGCAUUUCCAGAUCCUUCAGACUCACAAGAUUUGAAGAUGCAGAUCUAUACUGGAAUUUUUACCAGCUAGAUGACACACCUCCCCCCUCACCUCUGACCUCUGACCCCUUCAGAAAGCAUGACCGAGAGCGCUCAUUCGAAAUUGGCCAUGAAAUAAUAAGAGACAAAAAUGGCGGGAAAGUUCACAACAAACCAACACAGAAACAAGUGGAAGACGGCGAGAAUAGAACUGAGGUCUUGACCGACAGGCCAGAACUGAUAUCUGAGUACUCUCUCCCCGGUCCAUCUAACCUAAACUGCAUGCUCAGCGACGGGAAUAAUUUGAGCUGUAGCUGGGAUCUCAAAACAGAUCUGGCCCAGUACAUCAGCUACACACUGUCCUACCGUACGCACUCCACUGCACCAAACGAGUGGGAAUGUGUUGAGAAGGUGGAGGUCACAAUUAAAGGAGCUUUAUUGAGGAUGGUUGGUGUUUUUAGUGUCUUUGAGCCUGGAGUGCUGCAGGUGCAACUAACGCCAAUGCCAGUGACCAAAGUGAUCCGCUCUUACGAACACAUCCAGCCUGCGUGUCCCACGGGUCUGAGCGUUGAACUGAGAGGAGAAGACUGGAUUUUGAACUGGACUUUAACAAAUUACCGUACCGUACCCCUCACUACUGAACUCAAGUACUGGAGCAUACUAACUCCUGAGGAUGUAAAGCGCAUCUUUCUCUCUGACGGGGAGAUGGUGUUUGCUAUAUCAGAGCAUUCUCUCCAGGGUUCCUCAGAGUACUGUGCUCAGGUUCGCUGUAAUGUGAGUGCCUCCAGACGUUCAGGAUGGCGUUACUCUGGAUAUCCCUCAGAGUGGAGCGACCCCGUCUACUGGACCACACGACCUGAAGCUCUUGCGCCACAUCUAGUUACAUUUCUCCUGUACUUCCUCAUUGCGACUCUCACGUCAGCUGUCUCUAUCAUAGCUUUUAUCAUUCUGGUUGUCGCUCAGCGAAGACUGAGAGAAUGGGACGUGUCUCUUCCCUCUCCUGUCCACAGCAAAGUCUCAAAGGUGUCACAGCAUCCUCAGAUGGAGCACUUCCCCUGCAUUACCGAAUUGAAGGAUCCUGAUAUCAGUAACGCUCAGAUUGUGGAUGUCCAUCUACAGUUGUCCUCGUUCGAUUCAGAAAAUACCUUAAACAUUGAUGCCAGCAACCAGUGCAGAGAAACCGAGGGCCAUCCGUUGGUUUUGCACGUUGAUGAUCCAUGCCUUGUGUCCGUGUGUUCCUCUGGGAAUGCAAAGGGAAUAAAUGGUCUAAUUCAGCCUCGUACCACCAACUUCCAUGACCCAGUUCUCCCAUGUUCAGAGGGAUACAUGCAGAAUCCUGCAAAUUCUGUUGGCACUAGCCAGGGUGCAUCGCAAGAGGCUUGUUGUCUGAAUGUAGAAAUGGGCGACAGGUACAUGAAUUGCCCUAAGCCUGUUUUGAUCUGACCUAAACAAAAGACAAAUUUAAGACAAGAUUUAAACAAAGAUGUUUUCCAUCCACCUUCCUCAGAAAGUGCUCCAGGAAAACUCUGAGUGGAGUAUAUAUUUAGAUAUUUCAGCAUACCUUCAACUCAUCGAAAAGAAUACAAACAUGUACAAAGAUAUCAAAUAACAAAGGAAAUCCCAGAAGCUCAUGGCUGCUGUUUCUGUAGUGACCACCAGAGUACAGUAUUACAUAAGAUACUGUAGUUUGAGACUUUGGGUGAUGUUAGGAGUGUGCAAGCAUGCUCCUGGAGAUCCACUGUUUUGCAGAGUUCAGUUCUGACCCCAAUUAAAUAUACCCAAUUAAACAUGAAACACGAACAACAUAAAAUCAUUUAAUGAACAUUAACAACAGGAAAUCUUCAGGCAAGUGUGUUGGAGUAUAUUUGGGAUUAAUUCAUUGGUUUUCGUGGAGUAGGAUUAAACACCCCUCUUGACCCUUGCUUUAUAAGCUUACAUGUACAUUAUUAAUUCAUUUAAUAAAAUUAAA